AAAAAGUAAUAGCAAAAAAUAAUUUGUUUUGGAAUUUCUGGCAGUCAUGGAUGACGAGAAUUUUAUGAUCUUUGAGGAGCCGGUUGAGUGUACCCUGGCAGAGAUCGAAGUUGGCGACGAGUCGCAGUUGAAUUACAGCCACAUGCCGGGCGCUACAGUGCUGGCGUCCAGCGACCAGGAGGGACUGGUCCAGUUCUUUGCCAGGGCACCGCCUCCCAUCAUGCAGAUGUCCACUGAGGUGAUGCUUCAGCGCACUCUGGAGCAUCCAGCACUGAAGCAGAUACUCCAGGAAGCCGACGGUCAGCCAGAUUUUGAUCCAGCAGCGGAGCAAAUGAAAAUUCGCGAUUUCCUAGCGGGCGUCACCAACAAUAACAUGACCACAGAGGAGUCUGUCUUUCAAGCACAUCGCAUGAGCGCGCCCACGAACGUGCCACGUGUCUACAAAUGCCGUGACUGUGGCGGCACGUUCGACGCCUUGUACUAUUAUAAUCACGUUUGCUUGACCGAGAAUGCCGUAAAGCCAAACUCUGAGCCAGCUGUACAGCAGCAGGAUAGGACUCGAUCUGUGAAAGUGUCGACAGCGCCGGCAAAUGUCCCAGCGCCGCGCUAUAUUCGAGGCAGCGAGCGCGUCAUCUUGGAAAAUCAAAUACGCCUGCGGCGUUACAUGAAGGACGAGCUGAAGUACGAUGUCACCAAGGGCAUGGACAAUUCGCUGGCGCUGACGAAGAAGAAGGGAAAGCAGCCCAACGAGUGCUCCAUAUGUGAUCGGCAGUUCGUGCAUGCCUCUGGCCUGGUGCGCCACAUGGAGAAGCAUGCCCUGAACCUGAUCGCCACACAGGCGAAUGCGCCAUCAAUCCCACCUCCGCCUGCCCCCGGCCUAGCAGUGGUCACAAAAUGCAACGAUUGUGGCCGCAUCUUCCAUGAUUGCCAGCUGGCCAUGCGCCACGUCCGUGUUCAUUAUCCAGAACAACCGAAAAUGUGCGAACCCCUCAAUGACAAGAACGUAGCACAAAAGAAAAAGUUUACUAAGCGCAUGCAAAAAGGGGAUUGGCUCUUCCUGUGUGUGUACGCAAAGAAACGGAGCAUCGAGCGGAAGCAGGCGAAGCUAGCGUUGGAGGCCGGGCUAUUUAGUACACUGAUCCUGGGUAGCGUGCUGCAGUGCGAGUUCUGCGAGUUCGUAUUUGCGGAUAUUGAGAAGCUGCUCGUCCACUCGGCCGCUCACGUGGUGGAGAAGCGCUUCGAGUGCACCGCCUGCGACAUUACGAUGAACACGGCCAAGGAGGCAAGUGUCCACUUCCAGAGCGACUGCGUCUUUAUGCGCGAAGAACAGAAGCGGCUGGAUGUGUCUCUCUUUCGAUAUUUUGUGUGCAACGUGUGUGAGCAGAAGUUUUCCACCACCGACGUGCUGCAGGAACACCGAAACAUGUACUACCAUUACUUUCCACGCCUCAGCGCGGACGGGAGUGCACUGUUGCUGCCCUGCGAGUAUUGCGAUGUCAAUUUUACGGCUGCCCACGAGGUGGAGGCGCACAACCUGGAGAAGCAUGUGAACAAGAAGCGGCGCGAGAAGGAGACGCGGAUCAAUGGCCCCGGCAACAGCCGCCUUCGCCAGUUCCUGUGCGACGUUUGCGGAAAGUCGUACACCCAGUCCAGUCAUUUGUGGCAGCACCUGCGCUUUCACCAGGGUGUCAAGCCAUUUGCCUGCCAAGAGGCCAAUUGCGGUAGAAAGUUCACCAUUCGUCCGGAUCUCAAUGAUCACAUUCGCAAGUGCCACACUGGAGAGCGUCCGUACCAUUGUCUGGUGUGCGGCAAGCGCUUCCUCACCGGCUCCGUCUUCUAUCAGCACCGUCUGAUACAUCGCGGAGAGCGGCGCUACGAGUGUGAUGAGUGCGGCAAGCGAUUCUACAGAGCCGAUGCCCUUAAGAAUCACCAGAGGAUCCACACCGGCGAGAAGCCAUAUAGCUGCCUCUUUUGCACCAAGACUUUCCGCCAGCGCGGAGACCGGGACAAGCAUAUACGUGCACGACACUCCCAUUUGGACGCCAACACGCGCCUCAUGAUGCAGAUGCAGAAGAUCCAGCUGGAGACGUCGGAAGCUAUAAAGUCCAGAAUGCGUGACAUGCCAAUGGACGAGGGUGACAGCUACUCGACAUCAAUGUAUCAGGUCGGUUCUCAGGAAGACGGUGAAAUGCAACUAGUAACGGAUGAGCAGGAAAUAAGAUAUUACGAGCCAAUGGACAGUUUUGAGAUGCAGCAGUACGUGGAGGAGGCUGGGCCCAAUCUCAUGAAUGAAGUCGAAUAUGAAGAGGUAAUUGUGUACGAGAAUCCAGAGGAAGAGCCAGCUUUGGCAAUGUCUUAUGAACCACAGCCAGAACUACAACAAAUGGAAGAGGAGAUUCCAGUGAAACCCGAAAGACCAAAGCGUAAGAUAGUGGUGGUAAAGAAUAAUCCAUCUCUACCACUUUAUCCAACUAUGUAAAACUAUGUAACUAUAAACAAUUGAAAUGAACCGCCAAAUCAAAUGACGAAAUAAAUA